AUAUCCUCCGCAGUCCGUGGCGCCUUAUAUUUGUCCACGAGCAGCAAAUAAAACUUUUAAAGUUCGUCAGUAUUCUGCUUAUUCUGUAAAUGCAUCACAGUUGACCGACGCAAAAGUUUUAAUAUUUGUUGAAACACUGUACUCGAAACUUGGCAAACAAAUUAUUCAAAUAAUCGAUGCCUUAAAAAUUCAUCGGAAAGUGGAAACGGUUUCAAGAAAUUUGCCACUGCUAACGACAGCGAAGCGUGGACGUUAUUCAUUAAUUAUUUUUGAAAACUAUUACAAAUAUUUAAAUUUACCAUUAUGGAAUCGUCAAUUAUUGGAUAAAUAUUGUUAUGAGUAUAAUGUCGGAAUAAUAUCGUUUGUUGCUAGUCGAUCAAAUGAUUACAAACGCGUUCAAGUGAAGAAUUCAAAGCUUACCUUUACUCAGAAACAACGAGCGAAAAAUCUUCGGUUUACGAGUGAUUCAAAAAUUUUAUAUCUUGCGAAAGUUGGAGCUGUUUUGGAAUAUCCUGUUCCUGAUAAUGAUGAUUGGGUACUUUUCGACAUCAAAGGGUUCAGUAGUUUCUUAUCAGCCGACGAUGUAAAUGGAAUCGAGCGAGCUGCUGUUAUAUUUGACGAUGGAAAAAUGGAUAAAAUAAAGCGAAUUUUAUUUGGUCAUAAUUUUACUUACUGGAUUAAUAAAAUUGCAUUUGUUGAUUCACUUAGAUAUCUUUCUAAAGGAUUGAUUGAUAUUUCACUGAAUCGUUAUAUUCAAAUCGAUAUUGAUGAUAUUUUUGUGGGUUCAAGUGGAACACGAAUUACUCGAGUCGAUGCUGAUGCUCUGUUAGCCUCACAAAAUGCCUUUAGACGAAAAAUUGAAAACUUUACUUAUUGUUUGGGCUUCUCUGGAUUUUAUUUUCGUAAUGGAGAUCCAUUAGAAGAUGAAGGAGAUGAGAGAUUGAUUGAACUUGGCAAAAAUUUUAUUUGGUUUCCUCAUAUGUGGCGACAUAAUCAUGCAAAUGAAUACAACGAAACUUAUCUCAAGGCUGUUAUGGCACAGAAUAAAUUCUUUGCUCAGGGUAUGGGUCUAUCGACUGCAUCUCAUUAUGCAGUAUCACCGCAACAUGCUGGUGUAUAUCCUGUACAUGAAGCUCUUUAUAAUGCUUGGCGUGCUAUAUGGAAUAUAUCAGUUACGUCGACUGAAGAAUAUCCUCAUUUUCGACCUGCUUCUAAUAGGCGUGGUUUUAUUCACAUGAAUAUAUCGGUUCUACCUAGACAAACGUGCGGUCUUUACACCCAUACACAGUUUUUUCAUUCUUAUCCUGGUGGUUUCUCAAAACUAAUUAGUAAUAUUGAAGGUGGUGACCUUUUUUUCACUAUCUUAUUAAAUGAGUUUUCAAUAUUUAUGACUCAUCAGCAGAAUUAUGCAAAUGAUCGAUUGGCAAUCUUUACGUUUGAGCGCGUUGUAGAUUUCAUUUAUUGUUGGACAAAUCUUCGAUUACUCUGGAUGGAGCCUUUGCAAAUGGCUCAGGCUUAUUUUCAAAAAUUCCCUUCCGAAAAAAUGCCAGUUUGGAGUAAUCCUUGCAACGAUCCUCGUCAAUCUCGAAUUCUCCCAUCGUCAUAUAACUGUGCUGAAAUGCCUUUGCCAAAUCUUUUCUUGGUUGGACCUCAAAAAACUGGUUCAACGGCUUUAGCUACAUAUCUUGCUAUUCAUCCAAAUUUUACUACCAAUGAUCCUAUAUCAUAUUCAUAUGAAGAACUACAGUUUUUUGGCGGUGCAAAUUAUGGCCGAGGAAUUUCAUGUGCAACGUAUUUCGAUAAUGUUGAUGCACCUCGUACUAUUGCUUCACUUAUACCUAAAGCCGCCAUUGUCAUAAUUUUGAUGGACCCAGCAGAUCGCGCUUAUUCUUGGUACCAACAUAUGCGUGCACAUAAUGAUUCAUUAGCUUUAACGUAUUCUUUAAAUGAUAUUUUGUUUGCAAAUACAUCUUCACCGGUAGCGAUGAGAAAAUUCCGCAGUCGUUGCAUUUCGCCUGGCAGAUAUGUGCACCACUUAGAACACUGGCUUGAAUAUUUUCCUCCGUCACAGAUUUACUUAGUGGAUGGCGAUGGUCUUCGCAAAAAUCCAGCCAGUGCGCUCAAAGAUUUAGUUGCCUCUUUACAUCAGCCUGAAUUUUCUUUUGAGGAGUUUUUGUAUUUUGACGAAAAGAAAGGCUUCUUUUGUUUAAGUAUUAAUGGCACUAGAAAGUGUUUAGGAUCAAGCAAAGGAAGAAAAUAUGAUGCGAUGGGUACAAGAUUGCGAACGCAGCUCAAUGGUAUCUUCCGAGAGGAUAAUAUAGCACUGCACCGUUUCCUCAUUCGAAAUGAUUUGAUGGUUCCAAACUGGUUAAGUAGACAGCUAUCGCAUUUUUAA